AUGAAUGAUGCCUUUGUGACUUCGCCAAUUCAGAGGACAGCAAAGAUGAAUGAUGCCUAUGGGACGUCGCUAAUUCAGAGGACAGCAAAGAUGAAUGAUGCCUAUGUGCCGUUGCUAAUUCAGAGGACAGCAAAGAUGAAUGAUGCCUAUGUGACGUUGCCAAUUCAGAGGACAGCAAAGAUGGAUGAGGCCUACAUGACGUCGCCGAUGCCUUUUGAGAAGGGUAAUGAGAAUGAUAAUGGUAAUGAGAAUGGUAAUGAGAAUGGUAGUCAGAAUGGUAGUCAGAAUGGUAGUGUGAAUGGUAGUCAGAAUGGUAAUGAGAAUGGUAGUGAGAAUGGUAGCGAGAAUGAUAGUCAGAAUGGUAAUGAGAAUGGUAGUGAGAAUGAUAGUAAGAACGAUAGUCAGAAUGGUAGUGAGAAUGGUAAUGAGAAUGGUAGUGAGAAUGGUAGUGAGAAUGGUAGUCAGAAUGGUAGUCAGAAUGGUGGUGAGAAUGGUAGUCAGAAUGGUAGUGUGAAUGGUAGUCAGAAUGGUAAUGAGAAUGGUAGUGAGAAUGGUAGCGAGAAUGAUAGUCAGAAUGGUAAUGAGAAUGGUAGUGAGAAUGAUAGUAAGAACGAUAUUCAGAAUGGUAGUGAGAAUGGUAAUGAGAAUGGUAGUGAGAAUGGUAGUCAGAAUGGUAGUCAGAAUGGUAGUCAGAAUGGUAGUGAGAAUGGUGGUGAGGUAGUGAGAAUGGUAGUGAGAAUGGUAGUGAGAAUGGUGGUGAGGUAG